GGUUGACUACUGUCUUCGCGUGGGAGCCGCUCUUGCUUUCACUCCCUUCAUGUGGCAAUGAAGUUCUACACUCAAUCCUUCAUUUACGACGACCCGUGGCCCAUCGUUUCCCUUGCUUAUUUCCUUCGGUACCCGAAUCCCUAUGCCUCCCACAUCAUCUCUUGCGAUGUCAUUUCUCGCACACAGACAUCUUCAGGCACUCUUAUUACCACUCGUCUUAUUUUAAAACGAGGCGCUUUGCCUCGCUGGGCUCCCAAGGGAAUCAUUUCCCGCUCAGAGUCCUGGGUUGUCGAAGAGAGCGAGGUGGACCCUAUGGGCAAAACUGUUCGUUGUACCACGAAAAAUCUCGAGUUCACAAAGGUCAUGCAGGUGGAGGAGUCAGUACUUUUCAGUCAAAACGAUGAGGGUAAAACCAUCCAAACUAGUGAAGCUCGGAUACGCUCUCGUUUUGGCUGGGGCCUUACGAAACGAAUCGAGACCUUCGGUAUGAAUCGAUUCAAGACCCACGUACAACGGUCGAGGGAUGGUAUUUCACUAAUUUUGGGAAUGUUGCGCCAGUCCCGUCUUCAGACCUUGGGAGGGCCUGCUCCCUAUUCUCCCAUGUAUUUUUCGCGUGAGGAAUCACACGAACCCGCUCCCGCUCAAAAGGAAAGGGGUUCUUCCGGAGUUGGACACCAAAACACUGGCCCGUGGCGGAGGAUGAUGGGAUGGCUCUCGAAGGACUAAUAACAAAUAUCGCUGUAUAAUGAUUUUCUUUGUCGGUUCAUCAUUGUCGUCUCAUAGUUAACGCGUCGUCGUCGUAACAUAUUUGUGAUUCCCAUGUAUCAGUAGUAUAUAGUAGUAUCAAUUCACGAAAAGCACCUCUCCAUUACUAUCUUGUAAGUUAUCGUCGAAUCCUCUACGUAGAAAUACUUAUUAGAUGGCUAUCAAGGUAGUCAUUGUCAGUAUGUGUCGUCCCGAACUGUUUUCUGAUCGAUAUCAUUGUCCACCCAUAUUCGAAGACCAUCGAAUGCCGGUCGCA